CUCUGAAUGCAUCCGCGGAAAAUCCGACCGGGUUGUCGUGGGUGCUGUUGUUCGCAUGUGCGAAUACAAGGUGGAUUGAGGACGGGUUCAUCUUCGCAAGGAGCAGUUUGGAUCUUCUGCCGGCGAUCAUCUUACCUCACGAGAUUGAACCGGUUACUACCGGCGCAGUGGUUAAGAAACAACUAAACGAUCUGAAUAAAAGCGGAGAGGCCAUGUCACCAACGAACAGCGAAGCUACAAACGAAGGUCAUGGCCAGAGUCCAUCAGAGCAACCACAGAAGCUUGUCUCUACUAAGCCGUUACUAAUCCAACCCAACGAGGGAGUGCCUGUUGCGCACCAACCUAUCGCCAUAUUCUCUCAGUCUAUCGGACCUGCUACGCGCUCUUUCAAAUUCCUCGGUUGGUAUAAGAUAGGCCGACUACAGGUUUUCGAGCCUGGAUCUAAUGAUCUAUCCGACAUGUUGACAAAAAGAUGGGAGAGGGAGAGCAAGAAUGGCACUAUUAGCUCGAGAUGGGGAGAUCCGAAAGGAUGGAAGGACAAUUUGUCCUGUCAGUGGGCUGCUAUCAAGAUCGAUGAAGAUGAAGGGACUAUGAGAAGCAUGGGCGUACCGAAGAUCAGAAGACCAAUUGAUCAUGAUGAAAUGACAGGAAGAAGCGGAGGACCGACAGUCGACAAAAUGUUUGGUGAGAUGAAACUUGGAGACGGAAGCAAAGCGAUAGAGCCCGGGGACAAGCAGACUUGACAACGAUCAGUAUAGACGGAUCUCUGUCUAAUCAGAUGGUAGUGGAUGACGUCGCACAACAGCGAUAUAAUGAUGGAUGCAAUAAUGUCAACUUCUGAUAGAAGCGAUGCCACCAACCUUGCUAUCUCUGAUCAAUACCAGAGGCCCUUCAUGGCCUCUCCCAUCGACAUCAUUUCAAACCUUGAUGUGUUAGAUAUCUG